AUGGCCGAGCAACACAUUACACCGUCGUCGCACUCUGCACUAACGAGAGAGUCCAGCAGGUCUUCUCCUAGCAGGGUGGUGGGCGGUCGGUGGUUGCGUCAAGUACGUAAAGCAAGCCGCAGUCGUCGGAGUAGACACAACGCUACAUCACCCUCAUCACGCACCAGCCGACACUCUUCUAGUCGUGCAUUUGACACAGAACCGCGGACGCAGGUAGAACUUCGGAGAAGCUCACGUCUCGUCAACACGCUACCUCGUUCUGACUACUCCAUCUCCGAACGGUGGUCGUACGGAGCGGACGUGUAUGAGACUCGCUACGAUACUACCAAUUAUAAGCACGGAGAUACAUCCAAAUCCUCGACAAGUCAAGCCAAGCGCAGUAGGACUUCGUCGCAUGACAGAAAGAAACGUAAAAGUUUCAACACAACGAAUAACACAUCAACAGACGAUUGCGUUGCAUAUUGCACGCGCUCACGUACUGCUCUUAAAUCGACUGAGAGCGUUUGUGAGCAGAUUCCGAAUACUUUAAAAGUCACUUCUCUUACGCGAGUCUCACCUAACCAAAGCGCUACAGAAACUUCCACACAGCAAGUUCCAAUCAAUCAGACAGAGGGUGGUUUGCUUCCUCUAGACGAGAGAGAUUUUGCCUAUUCACCGUUUAGCUCCUCGACUAUCACAGAUUUAUUAGAUUCUGAUUAUUCUGUAUAUAGUCCUACAGCUAAUCGGAGAAAAGGAAAGAAAAGGAAACGUUCGACGCAUCGUUCUUUGCCACACAGAAAGAGCAACUUUUUGAUUGAUUUAGAAGAGUGCAGAAAGAAAUUUAAAAUAGACUCGCAAAAAGAUAUCCCAGAAAGUAAAAACGACUUAGUAGAAAGUCUUACUCCUGACUACGAUACUGAAAGAGCAGAAGCGUCAGCGGCACAACCGUGUACGUACCGGCUGCGUAACAGACACAAUCGCGACCUUGGACCACCCACUUCAACGGUUAUCAGCGAUAACAUAGCUAGUCCUUCGACGAGCGAAGUGGUUCAUACACCAACAGCAGCAGAGCGUAAAAGCUUCCAAGAUUAUCGCGGAAGGACCACCACUCCGCCGCCAUUUAGAGAUUUACAAGAAGCCAGCUCAUCCAAAGGCCACAGUUCUGACAGUAAACUAUUAAUAGUUCCACGCGAUCUCCCUUACUUACGUCAAACUAACGCUCGUAGGAGUAUCGCUGCUGCAACGGGUGCGACCCUGGGUGCUUGCUUGACGAGGGGGGCCAGUACUUCACAACGCCAGAGACAGGAAACUGCCUCUAAAAGACAGUCGAGCGGGGGCGAGGAGGCGGGCAGCAGCGCGGGCGGCGGGCGGCGGGCGCGGGCGCGCGACAUGCCGCAGCCGCACACGCCCUCCACCAGACGCGACAAACGAGCAGGUAAAAGCAGCCUGGGUUCGUGUGCCAGCACCGGUGGCGCGUCCAGCCGUUCCCAUCCCCAGCCUUUAACCACGGGUGCGGUGGCAUCCACGUCGUCCACACCGCCGGUGACAGCUUCGGCCGCUUCCAUGCCUGAUAACGCGUCUAACGAUGCGAAGCCUAAGGGCAAAGCGGAGGAGUGCGGUGCGGGUCUGGGCGGGAGCGGGGCGGGCGCGGGCGCGAGCGCGGUGGCCGAGGAGUCCUCUUCGGAGGAGGGUGAGGUAGGCCGCCUGCAGGCGCUGCUGGAGGCCCGCGGCCUGCCGCCCCACCUGCUGGGCGCGCUCGGUCCGCGCAUGCAGCAUCUGCUACAUAGGACUGUUACUGCUAAUUCUGCCGCAUCGAAAGCCGCCCAGCUGCUCGCGGGGCUGCAGGCGACGGGCGACGAGGGCCAGCAGCUGCAGGCCGUCAUCGAGAUGUGCCAGUUGUUGGUGAUGGGCAAUGAGGACACGCUGGCCGGCUUCCCCGUCCGCCAGGUUGUUCCCGCGCUCGUCAACCUGCUCGCUGCUGAGCAUAACUUCGAUAUGAUGAACCACGCAUGUCGUGCGCUCACCUACAUGUUGGAAGCGUUACCUCGCAGUAGUGGCGCGGUGGCGCUCGCCGUGCCCGCCUUCCUCGACAAGCUGCAGGCCAUCACCUGCAUGGACGUGGCCGAGCAGAGUCUUACAGCCCUGGACAUGCUGUCCCGUAGACACUCCAAGGCUAUAUUGCAAGCGAGAGGUGUAUCGGCUUGCUUAACUUACCUGGACUUCUUCUCUAUCAACGCCCAACGCGCAGCCCUGUCCAUUACAGCCAACUGCUGUCAGAAUCUCACUCCAGAUGAAUUCCAUCUUGUCAGGGAUUCGUUGCAGUUACUAGCCAACAGAUUAACUAUUCAAGACAAAAAGUCUGUGGAAUGUGUAUGCCUCGCCUUCUCGCGCCUCGUGGAUAGCUUCCAACAUGAUCCCGCCCGCCUGCAAGAGAUUGCUACACCUGAGCUACUUACAAAUUUGCAACAACUUCUGGUGGUACAGCCCCCGCUUAUCUCUGGCGGCACGUUCAUCACGGUGCUGCGUCUGCUGUGGGUGAUGUGCGGCGCGUGCCCGCAGCUCGCCCUCGCUCUGCACCAGCGGUCCAUUGCUGAUACGCUGCUGUGUCUGCUCACCGGAUCUACGUUGCAUCAGGAGCAAGUGGAGUUAAUUCCACGUCCCCCGCAAGAGCUGUAUGAGAUAACAUGUCUCAUAGGCGAAUUGAUGCCGCGGCUGCCGACCGACGGCAUAUUCGCCGUGGACGCGCACCUCGACCGGCCCUGGUCGGCGCCCACCGACCGCUCCGCACAGUGGCAAUGGAGAGACGACAGAGGCAUAUGGAGGUCAUACUCAUGGGCCGAAUGUCGUGCGCUAGAGGCGGGCGCGGCGGCAGGCGAGGAGGAGGUGUGCCUCAGCACGCUGGGCCGCUCCUACACCGUGGACCUGACUGCCAUGCAGCAGCUCAACGACCACACGGGCACCGCGCGCCCCGUGCAACGCGUCGCGCCCGCGCCCGGUCCCGCCGACGCCGCUGCCGCUGCCGCCAGCCAACCAGACCCUCGCAUCGCAAUGGUGCGCUGUAACCCGUCGCUGGUGCGCGCGCUGCUGGGCGUGCUGCACGAGGUGUACUGGAGUUCGGCGGGGCCGGCGCUGCGCGCGCAGGCACUCAAGGCCAUCCUGCGCGCCGUCUUCUAUGCGGAUGCUACGCUGCUUCGGCAGGUCCUGAAGACUCAGGUUAUAUCCUCCCACAUCGCGGGCAUGAUGGCCUCAAGCGACUUGCGCAUCGUGGUCGGCUCACUUCAACUAGCAGAGAUACUCAUGCAGCGACUGCCCGAAGAGAUGGGCGUCCAGUUCCGUCGCGAGGGCGUCCUGCAUCAAGUGGCGCAGCUCGCGGAGCGCGCGCCCGGGGUUUCCACUCCCAGACAGGCCAAGUUGAAGUCGCCAAUCGGCACAAGUGUGCGGACGAGUGGCGGCUCCUCACCUCCCGCGUCCACGUCUACAUCGUGCAUGGACCACCACAACUUGUCGCUCGCAUUCUCUGCGUCUGGUUCAUUCAUAGCUAGCUCUAGUGAUAGGAACUUACGGAACUUUGCACCAAUUGAUAGUGGCAGCUCAGAAGCUGGUCCAGCGACAUCAGCAUCCAGUCACCAACAGGCACCAACUACAGUUCACAGAUCCGGCAGCCCACUCCAGCUCGCAGAAAUGCUAAAGCGCAAGCGCGCAGUGAAGCGCUCGGGCGGCGCACGGCAGCAGCGCGGCCGCCGCGACGACGCGCCCGCCGCGCCCGCCCCCGCGCCUGCGCCCUCCGCCGCCGCGGUCGCUGCGCAUUCUUCAACAGUGGUAUCAGCAGCACGGUCAGGCACGCGCGCCGGUGCGUCCAAGACGUCGUCUUUCCUGUCGUCCCUCAACCCGUCCCGCUGGGGCCGCGCGCCGCACGCGCACAAGGAGGCCGCGCUGCUGGCCGCACCGCACGCCGCCAACCUUACCGUGCAGAACAAGGAGAAGGUUCGUGAAUGGGUAUCGUGGCGGGCGACUCGUCUGCAACGUGAGUGGGGCGCGCUGGGCGGCGGCGCCGGCGCGCUGGAGCAGCUGGCGGCGCUGGCGGCCGCGCUGCCCACGCGCGCGCUCGCUCAGCAACGCGCUGCGCUCACGCAUCUUCGCGACACGCUGCUCAAUCACGACGUGUCACCUUUCGAGGUGAAUCAUUCCGGAGUGCUGGGUGCGCUGCUGCAGUUUCUGACGGGCGUGGCGCAGGAGAGUGAGGUGGGUGCAGAGGCCGAGCGCGAGGAGGGCGAGAGGGACUCGCCAGACCAGCUGGCCGCGUGCGAGGACCGCCUCAGGCUCUUCCUACACGUAUUCGCAGAUAUACCACUUGUUGCUGAUGAUGCCGAGUGGAACGAGAAGGCCCUGCUACUGAGCGGCGGCGCAGGUGCACUGGCGGCGCUGGUGGGCAAGGUGAAUGCGUGCGUGUCCCACCUGGAGCAGUUCCCCGUGCGCGUGCACGACCUGCCCGCGCGCCCCGCCACCUCCGCGCUCAAGUUCUUCAACACCCAUCAGCUUAUGUGUGAUCUCAAACGUCAUCCGACUUGCACCAACUUAAAACAAUGGAAAGGCGGUGUAGUGCGGAUAGACCCCUUAGCUUUAGUCCAAGCCAUUGAACGAUAUCUAGCGACCCGAGGAUAUGCGCGGCGUGCGGGCGCUCAGUCUGACGACGAGCCCGCUUCCGACGACGACGUGGACGACACGCUCGCCACUCCCGCGCAUCAUCCCACUGAUGCCGAUCAUAAGUUAGAAUUCCUGAUUGGCGAUACGGUUCUACCAUAUAACAUGACAGUUUACCAGGCUGUUAGGCAAUUUGGUGAACAAACAGAUGCAGACACUGACACAGAGACUCCCCUAGCGAACGCGGGUAUCUGGGUGCAAACGCACACCAUCUACUACCGCGCCGUGGAGGCGGCCGAGCCACCGCGCGCCGAUGCCGCCGCCUCGCGCAAGGGCAAGGGACAGCCCACCAAGCUUUCCUCCAGACGGAAACCGGACUCGCUUUGGAAUGAGGGCAUAGUGCCGCAGCGCGCGUCGCCGCUGGUGGUGAUGCUGCGCGCGCCGCUGUGGGGCGGCGAGGCGGGCGAGGUGCGCGACGCGGCGCUGCCGGCGCUGAGCCUGCUGCGCGCGCUGCACGCGCUCAGCCGCCACUGGCACACGCUGUAUCGCGCCGCCUGCCAGCCCGACCACCGCCCGCUCGUGUCCAACGCGGAAUUCAUUAAUACUAAGCUUGCCGCCAAGGCUAAUCGACAGUUGCAAGAUCCACUGGUCAUAAUGACAGGCAAUCUUCCUCCGUGGUUGAAAAAAAUUGCUUAUGCUUGUCCAUUCGUGUUCCCGUUCGAGUGCCGCCACCUGCUGUUCUACGUGGUGUCGUUCGACCGCGACCGCGCGCUGCAGCGGCUGCUGGAGGCGGGUGGCGAGCGCGCGGCGGCCGGCGCCGACGAGCGCGUGGCGCCGCGCCUCGACCGCCGCAAGCGCACCGUGCAGCGCCACAGCGUGCUGCGCCAGGCGGAGCACGUCAUGCACGAGUUCGCACACUCCAAGGCUUUACUCGAAAUACAGUACGAGAACGAAGUAGGCACUGGACUCGGACCUACUCUAGAAUUUUACGCUCUGGUCUCUCAGGAGUUACAGCGUGCCGACCUCGAUCUGUGGCAUGGUAGCGAAAACUUUAAGCAGAAGCCAUCGUUCGGUGGGGAGAUCGUCAAGAGCCAGCCUCCCGUCGUGACAGACCGAUCGGCCGAGGCCGCCGCGAGGCUUGCCUCCUCCGUGCGCGAUACUUUGAAUCUCGACGACGAACGUUCUCCGGAACCGUCGGAUCUGGAAAAGGAAACCUCCAUACCGUCACCCACGCCCGACGCCACUUACGUGACGUGGCCGUGCGGUCUGUUCCCGCAGGCUAUCGGACGCAACGCUCGUGCGUCACAUCUCUCUAGAGUCAAGGCUAAGUUCCGAUUUCUAGGAAAGUUUAUGGCUAAAGCUGUUAUGGACUCCAGAAUGGUGGACAUACCGCUGUCGGUGAGCAUGUACCGGUGGGUGGUGAGCGAGCAGGCGUGGUUGGGGCUGAGCGACGUGCGGCACGUGGCGCCCGAGCUGUGGCGCUCGCUGUGCCGGCUGCGGCGCGUGGCCGACCGCGCGCAGGCGCUCGCCGCCGACGCGCGCCACUCGCCCGACCAGCGCACCCAGAUGAUAAAUGCACUUGAACUGGACGGAUGUCCGAUCGAGGAGUUGGGUCUAGAUUUUAUACUGCCGGGUGACGGCUGUACGGAGCUACGGCGCGGCGGCCGCGACCUCCCUGUCACCGCCCACAACCUACACGAGUACAUCGCUCUUGUUACACAUUGGUUACUCUAUGAAGGAGUAACCAAGCAAAUGGAGGCAUUUAAAGAAGGAUUUGAAUCAGUAUUUCCAUUAAAUAAUCUAAAAAUAUUUUACCCUGAAGAAUUAGAACAAGUGUUCUGUGGAAGCCCCUCAGGUGGGCGCGAUCAAAGAUGGGACCCGCGCAUGCUGGCUGAAUGCAUUCGUCCUGACCACGGCUACAAUGCAGAAUCACGUGCUAUACGCAUGCUCAUAGACAUUCUAGCCUCGUAUAAUCGAGAGGAGCAACGCCUCUUCCUGCAAUUUGUCACUGGAAGUCCACGCUUACCUACUGGAGGUUUUAAGGCAUUAAAUCCGCCGUUGACGGUCGUGCGCAAGUCGCUGGAGUCCUCCCUGGACCCCGACGAGUACUUGCCGUCGGUGAUGACGUGCGUGAACUACCUGAAGCUGCCAGACUACAGCAGCGCGGAGGUGAUGCGCGCCAAGCUGCGCCUCGCCGCCUCCGAGGGCCAACACUCCUUCCACCUGUCG